ACAAGAAAUGGAAUCAUGUUGUCCAAAUGUUUUAUUGCGAACAAUCGCAAUAAAAAAAAAGAAUGACUUGAGAAUAAUACUUUUGUAUAUAUGUACAUACCUUGUUGUAUUUCUUUGUAACAACAGAAGCUGUGUCACCCCUUCUACAUUCGGCCAAUGUAAUGUAAUUUGUAAUUUCACCUCAUUUUGGUCUGUACAGGGUGACAGGUUGUUAUAAUUUUGUCCACGAAUGAUGAAUGAAGUGAUAAGAACAAUCAUACAAUCUCAUCCACGUAUUAUCUACGUCAUGCUGAAUCCAUUUUUGGAGAUUCCGUGGGUUCCUCUGGCUUGAUUUUGCAGUUAUUAUUUUGCCCAUAUUUCGUUCAGGAAACUUGUCUAUUAUGUUGAAUAAUCUUUUCUUUCAACUCAUUUGACAGUUGUUUUGAGGCUCCCAUGUUUCCUCUCUCCCAAGACGACGCAAAGAGGAGAACAAUUUGCAAUUUCCAACCUCAAAUACCCUUUCUCAUGAUAGCUUUUAUGUGUGUAUGUAGGUCAACGUCAGUCAGCCUAUGAAACAAAUUUUGAGUUCCAAAAAUUAGUGCUAAUAUUUUCUAAUCAAUAAAAACCCAAGGGUGCCCAAAUUUAUGCACUGGUUUAUUUUUGUUCAAAUAUUUGUUAAGCUCUGUUUAUCCUAUAAAUUUCAUUUUACUCCUCCCAUAUUACAGAGUUCAUCUACUCGACGACAUAUUCAACUGAAAUUCUAGUUCCAAACAAUCAGUGAUUUAAAAAAGAAAAUCUUAAAAAUUAUAAGGGAUAAGGGGCGCCCAAACUUUUGCACACCACUGUAUAUUGCAAUACCUGCAAUGAGCAAUCUCAAAAAUAUGAGAGCACAUUUGACUGUACGAUCAUGGAUGUUUACCCGGCCUAUUGGACAGUUCAUACAAUUGACUGAAUUUACUUGCAGGAAAGUCACCAGAACUAUUAACACCACAAGGCAUUUGACAUGGAAGUGGAUGUAGUAUAGAAGUGGGCAGCGAUGAAGUGAGAGUGAGACAAUACGGUAUACCUAAUCCUCUUAAAGCCUGCAGGUAUUAGCUAUUAUGCUGAUCCAUUGUGAAGACAUGCCCUGCGUCCUACAUAACCCAUUGGUCAACUUGCUUGUGUACGCCUCAACCAACUCAGCCUGAUUAUCAGAAAGGUCUGCAUUUUCUGACAAUGCAGAAUUUGAUGGCCCAGUGAUGUGAAAUGAAACCUGAAUCCGGUCAGCCCCAGUCAUUCGGGGGGAUAGCUGAAUUGUCCCACUGUCACUUAAUGCAUCAUAAUUAACCAUUGAAGUCAGCAUCUGCACGUCUGCCAGAUGAUGUAUUGCUUGAGAAGAAAACGACUUCAGUUGAGGCGAGUCAUAUUUCUCCUGGCCGGGGUCUUCAUCUGCAUCGUGUACCAGCUGUCCAUCAACGUGGGACGAAAUGAAACGUCGCCUUCACCGCAGAUUGGAGAUGCUUUCACAGAGGGCUCGGCUGGAUGGGUGGAAGAUGUUACAGCCGAAAGUCAGGAGAAAUCAAGAAACCAAACCACAAUUGCGACCCCUUUGAACUCAACUGCCGAUGUCAACGCUGCCACUCCAACUCCUCCGCCAUCCACCACCAACAGGACUUUAGUGCAUUGCAUCUGUGUCCCUCCCAAGGAGGACGCCCCCAUAACUCCAUCCUCUCCUGGUGAUGCUCCUCACAUCAAGGGCGAGUACCCCAAGGAUAUAUUUUCAGUGGAGGACCGCAGACGAGGUUGGGUUUUCAUGCACAUCUUUGGCAUGAUGUACAUGUUUGUGUCACUCGCGAUUGUUUGCGAUGAAUUCUUUGUCCCCGCACUGGGAGUCAUCAUAGACAAGUUGGAAAUAUCAGACGACGUGGCGGGAGCGACUUUCAUGGCGGCUGGAGGAUCUGCCCCAGAACUUUUCACCUCUUUGAUCGGGGUCUUCAUAGCCCACAGCAACGUGGGCAUAGGGACUAUUGUCGGUUCUGCGGUUUUCAACAUUCUCUUCGUGAUCGGGAUGUGCGCUUUGUUUUCCCGGGAGGUUCUUCAUCUCACUUGGUGGCCUCUCUUCAGAGAUGUUUCCUUCUACAUUGUAGACCUCAUCUUGCUCAUUAUAUUCUUCCUGGACAAUGUCAUCAUGUGGUGGGAGAGUGUGAUGCUGCUAACCACCUACUCCCUCUACGUGAUCUUCAUGAAGUUUAACGCCCAAAUAGAACACGUGGUGAAGAUGCAGCUUUACAAACACAAAAGCAUCGUCAGAAUUAUUACUGAUGAGGAGACAGAAGUGACCACAACAACUGGGGACAGUCAAGAUAUUGCCCCUCGUUCUCCAGAAGACAAAAACCGAUUAAAGUUGAAGCCAUCUCUUCAACGCGGUGGAAGUUCAGCAUCUUUGCACAACAGCACCAUGAGGAAUACAAUUUUCCAACUCAUGAUCCACACGUUGGACCCCCUAGGAGAAGGGAAAUUCAAGGACAAGGCUGAGAGUCUGAAUAAUGUAGUGAGACGAAAGGCUGAAGGUGAAAUUGCAGCAAAGAGUGAAGAUGGAGAAAACGGGCAGAUGCAAGCCAAAGAGGACAAAGCUGCUCCUGCGGGGGAAAGUGAGAAUAAAGAACCACUUGAAGACAAGAAGGUACAUCCCACUGAGCAUGUCAAAAAGCCCAGAAGUCAAUCUUUGAUACCUUUCUAUGAGGACCAACCUCCGGGAUCAGACAGUUCAGAUGGGUCAGGCAGUGAUGAAGAUGACAGUGAUGAAGAUGACAGCGAUGAAGAUGACUCCAGUGAAGAUGAGGAUGAUGAUGAGGAGCCUCUUUCUUUAGAGUGGCCUGAAACGUCACGCAAACAAGUCACUUACCUCUUCCUGCUGCCCAUCGUCUUCCCUCUGUGGCUCACUGUCCCCGACGUCCGUAAACAGAAAUCCAGGAAAUUUUUUGUGGUCACCUUCCUGGGCUCCAUUCUGUGGAUCGCUAUUUUCUCUUACCUCAUGGUGUGGUGGGCCCAUCAGGUGGGUGAGACUAUCGGCAUCUCCGAGGAGAUUAUGGGCCUGACUAUUCUGGCUGCAGGGACGUCCAUCCCUGACCUCAUAACCAGCGUGAUUGUGGCCCGUAAAGGACUUGGCGACAUGGCUGUGUCCAGCUCAGUGGGCAGCAAUAUUUUUGACAUUACAGUGGGUCUGCCGCUGCCAUGGCUCCUGUACUCCAUCCUCCACGGCUUAGUUCCUGUGGCCGUCAGCAGCAACGGGCUCUUCUGUGCCAUCGUGUUGCUCUUCCUCAUGCUCCUGUUUGUCAUCAUUUCCAUCGCGUCGUGCAAGUGGAAGAUGAACAAAGCACUGGGUUUCACCAUGUUCCUACUCUAUUUCAUCUUCCUGGUGAUCAGCGUCAUGCUGGAGGAUCGCGUCAUCGUCUGUCCUGUUUCCAUCUAACAGUUCGCAUCAGUGACUGUGGUGCAAAUACAAUAUUACUGAACUUUACUGGUGCGUGCAGGAGGCUAAGGACCGAAAAUCAGAUAUCAAUAGGAUAAAUGUGUUUAAUAAGUGUGUUUUAUUAAGAAACACAAGUAACAGAUCCACUACUUUAUACAUAGUUUCAUAUAAAUUAGUGUCCAUCUUAAAAAUGGUCAAUGGCAAAAAUAAAGUCAGCCCUGACACAUUGUUUAGACAUCAAAUGGUGAGUUUUAAAAGCAGAGAAGGCUAAUGUACACGCUUUGAAACAGGGUUGAUUCCAAGAAAGAUCACAGCAUGGAUGUGAAUGAAAGCGCAUCACAGUACAAAGAGAAGUUUGUCAGCUUCUAUUGGAACACAGUGACUCUAGGAAGUUAUGUGGCAUCAAGCACGGCACUGUUAUUGUUUCAAACUUUAAGCCUUGCACAGAAAAAUUUACUUUGUGCAAGAAAAUAUUUAUUACCUUCAUCUUUAGCUCAUUCAACGCCAUUGACGGCAAUAGACACAGUCAGUGGCCGUGAAUGUUUAAUGACAGUUUUUUUUUUUUUUUUAACCGUGAUAUGAAAUCUACAAAAUACAUGAAAUUAGGUACAUUUACUUUUAUUUCGCCAAUACUGCGACAAAAAAAAAAAAAAAGUUGUGAUUAAAACAACUGAAAAAUUAUAGAUUUUUUUUCAGUUAUCACAUACUUUGAUUGUACUAUACGAAGGGAAUGUAUCCUUGGUGGUCCCGUACAACACAUCCUUACAAAACAAAUCUCUUUUAAAAAAGGUAUUGCUUCAAAAUCAGUAACUAAAGCAUAAAUUGUGGGUUAUUUUGGUACAUUGUAAAAAAGAAAGCAAAAAAAGCAAUCCAUGAAUAAAAAUUGUGCAUAUAAAUGAAUUUAGUGCUCCCUUCUUUAUAUAGAAAAAUUGAAUUUAAUAUUGUAUUUUUUUUUUUCAUAAUUACCAUGUAUUUAGUGUCUUAAAGAGUGAACACAAUGAAGAGGAAAGUACAGUAUUUGCUUUUGGUAAAGCUGUAUGCGGUAGACAUGCAUUAAAAAAUACAUUGAAUGUUCCAGAGCUAAUCCAAACACAGCACUUUCAUUAAUAUUGUUUGUGGAGCAAGAGUUAAAACUGGAUAAAUAAUCAACAUGACAAAAUAGUCAUCAACCUCAGACGACAAAGUGCCAGUGAACGGCUUACUUGUUUCCAGAGCGCUCAAAUGAGGGAGAAAAAAAAAUCAUAAAUCAUUGUCUCAGUGCAACUGACGGCGAUACACAUCAAGUAACCAAUAUACUGUGCACACUUAAAAUAUAGCAGAAAGUUAACAAAUCUUCGGUUUAGUUUCCUUUUAAGUUGCCCAGUCAAACCAACAACUCUUUGGGUGCUGGGCCAAUGCUAUGCUUGUCAAAGUGCUAAAAAAACAACAACAGUUUGUUCUUUACACUCAAAAUCUCAUCUUGGGUCACCAGGACCGUAGUCAAUGUUAGGAUACACAUAAUUGUGAAGUAAGUGUUGCUAAAAAGUUGACUGGUCAAUUUAGUGAAAAUACGAUGGAAUUUUUCCAUUGUGUCUCACUGCUCGGCACCUCCCAGUGCUGAACAGUUAAUAGAUGUCCUCAUGGCAGUUGUAUUUGCAUCAGGAGUCAUAUUCCUGUUGUGCUUAGCAAGCGCUCAGGCGAGCUGGUCCUGAAACUUAAGCCCCCCACUCCUUGAAAAACAUAUGAUGUCCCAUUCACAGACUGGGCUCCCCAAAAGUUUUCCUGCACUCCAUGACCCCUGCUCCAGGGGGGCGGUCACAGUUGUGUGUCAGUUUGACCUGACUGGGGGUGAGGCGGUCAUAGGCCAGUUUGUACUCCCGGUCAAAUGCAUCUGCAAUGAUACAAGCGGCAACUUAAAUUUUGAUGAAAGACAUUGUUGUCAACAUGUUGGCGGCCAAUGAACUAAUUCAGUUGUGGUCAGAAUAAAACAACUUGAUCUAGAGUUAUGUAAUAGUCACCUCUAAGCAGCAUUAUUACACUAGUCAAAUGUAUUCUGUAUGAAACAAAUGUCAAAGACCCUUAGGUAGUCAUCUUCAUGAUGUCACAAAAUCUUUCAAUAGGUAGUCAUCACUCUCACAAAGCCUUAUUGACAAACUUGUUUCAGGGUGUAUCGCACAGAUUUGGGCAAAGGGGUUUCAGGAACUGCAUCCGUGCCAAGUACGAAUUGUAGAUGAGCUCCUUUGGCAAAUACAACAUGGUAAAUUGCUUUCUGCGUAUACUUUGUAAACAGAUGUGAAUGUUUUAAUGCAUUUCACCCUGAUCCUAAAACAAAACGUACUGCCUGUCAUCUAAACAUGUACCCAAGAUGUAUUUUUACAUAAGUAAAAAUGUGAUUAAAUAGAAAGCUUUUUCUCACCGUUGUAGUUGGUGUUUAAAAUGAAAUUACCAUUUUGAGAUUAGGGUUCUCACAAAAACAAAAUGUUACGAAUAAAGUCACUUAUGAUUUUUGUCACAAAAUGGUUAUAUCCCGUUUUUGUAAGAAGCGGCAGUAAGUCUAAAAACUUCACUAUUUUCUACUGCAGGUAAUAGAAAAGGGUAUAUUAAAUUUUUGGUGGGGGAGGUGAAAUAAGGGAAUUGUCUCGUUUGUGGACUCCGUGUAUAUUUAAAAAUGUAUAAUACAACAUUCAGUGAGCCUUGAAAGGUCAGUCAAAAUGGCUAGGAGAGAAUAGAGAUGUAAAAGACCAAUUUCAGGACGAUUCAAUAUCCAUUCUUUGGACAACAAAUCAAUAUUCAUUGUCUGCCAUCAUCCAGUUUCGAUUGAAAGGCCUUUGAAAGAUUUAACACGCUAUUAUGUAUACAUUUAACACAGUUAUAUUUCACCAAAAGCAAUACAAAUACAAAGCAAUUUGACGUUUUUGACAGUUUUGCAUUUCGGACGUUUGAAAACAAUCCUUCAGAACAAAACAACAGUUUUAAAAGAUGACGAUGGCGAUCCACCUUUGUUAAUAGUCCCCAAAAACAUUCACACAAUUUUAACCCUUUUUAAGACAAGCGACUAUUUAUGUCAAAUUAAAAAUUUGCAGGGUUUCUACUGCUAUCAGCAAACCUCAUUUAACGCUUUUUACUGCCAUUUUAAACUAACUUAAUGCCUAUGCCCAACUGCAGAUAGUUUCACACACACACACAAACUGUAAGUAGAGUUGUCCAAUAAUGACUUUUUAACUGAUAACCGAUAUCCCGAUAUUGUCCAACUCCAAAAAUCCAGUAUUAUAUAUUAUGCCGGGAUUAUAUAUUAUAGUAUUACAUAUUAUAGCUAAUUAUAUUGUGAUGCCCCACUGGAUACUUUAAUAAUGAUAAAUGUAAUAAAUUCAAGGUUUUCUAAUAAACAUUCUGUAAAAAAUAAGAGAACUUCAACUGAAGUUAUGGAAAAACUGCCUAUAUUGCACCACUAUAUUUAUCGUUUAAAUCAAAAUAAUGCAAACAUCGUUUUUUUUUUUUUUUUUUUGUGCAAAGCGCAAAGUGCCAAGAAGGCACUGCCAUUUAACAUAUGGCUCAUGCAAUGUUUCUGGCUCAAAAUGACAACAAAGGCACACAGCUGCAGUACAGUGAAUGAAGUAUGUAAUGAGUUUAUAAUUAAUUAUUUUUCAAUUAUUUAAUGUUCAUUUAAUUUUUUGCAACAUGAAUGCAAAUGGUCUGGCUCACAAAACAAAUCCCAAGCAUCUUAGUUUGAAGACAUCUAAUGGUCAAUAAACAUAACUGCUGUGCUAAACUGUGACCAGCCCUUGUGCAAAGGCAGAUGGCUCUACAUUCACUUUGAAUGCAACAUAUUGGCCCAAAACCGAUACCCAAUAUCAUUUUAAAAUGCUUUUAUUGGACGAUAUCGGCUAUGCGGUAAUAUCAGACAACUCUUAUGUGAAAAGUUUAUUUUUUAACCAUUAAGUUUACAUAAUCUUUAUGCCCCCAAAUUUAAUUUAAUGCUUUUUAAAGCCUGAAUUUUGACGAAAUCCGUUUAAUGACCCGCAUAAACACUGUUUGGGGUCAUGUAGGCCACUCGCCAGGUCUUUAUGGGAUUUUUUUUUUUUUUUUUCAAAAUUACAAAAAAUAUGUGGAUGCUAGGC